CACUGGUUCGUCAAGUCCUCACCCCCCCCAAAACCCCCCCGAAACAUCCUUCUCCCUUCCCUUGCAUUUCGCAUUUAUCAGUUUCCUCGGCGGUUGCACCCUCUUUAAUCUCCACUUCUCUCUCCCUUGGCUAAAGGCUGAAAGUGAAAGUGAAGUGAACUAAACUAACGUAUUACGACUUUAUACAUAGUACAAGUCUACAAGACAUUUAUUCCUUUCAACUCUGAACCAACUUUCUAACUUCUUGCCCACUUUGCCACUUUUUUCCUUCCACGAUCAACGGAACGGAUACCAGAUAGUUGGGUUUAGUUAGUUCGCGGGUCUUCCUUUUCCCUUUUUUAAACCCAUCGAAUCGAAUCGCGGAUUUACUAUAAUAGAAAGGGGACCCAAAUCUUUUGAAACGCAGAUAAAUCUUUUGGUUAGGCGACAUUGGUAGUAAAUGGCAUCGUCGCUCAGAAUCCGACCGUGUUGAUAAGGAUUCAAACUCAAUCCAUUUCCGGCCACAAAGUCGAGACAUUUUUGCCAACUCGACCCUUUUGCCAAUGAACUCCCUCACUUGACGACUGACGAUUAAUCGGCCACUUCCGAAAUACGCCUUGAACGACGACUUUCACUUCUGCGAUAAUGGUCGCUAUCAAUGAGGCCUUGGCGGGCGGCGCCCAUUUUGUCGCAAGGGCCAUUGAGUAUCAGAUUCGACAGGCGUCGUCGUUAAACCCAACGGAUAGUGCGACGCCAUCUCCAACCUCCUUACCUUCUGCGUCCGACACUUCCCUUCCAUCCGCGACAUCUACAGCCUUGUCGCCAGAUCCAACUGCUGGAAACUCCAACAACAAUGACAACAAUAAUCAGGGCGCUUCUAGUUCUCCCCUGCUAUUUUUUGUGGCUUUGGGGUUCGGUGUCGUUUUCACUAACUUAUGGAUUAUCGUUGGUGUGAAAUACUGCUUUCGUUAUAAUGCUCGCAACCGGCAGUUGCGGGGAUUGGACGAGAAUGGAGAGCCUAUCAACCUCGAAAACAUGCCUGCUCGACCACAUCGACGACGCCGUGAAAAGAAAUUAAUGACGAUGGAUGAAGUCAAUGAGAAAUUCCCCAUGAUGAAAUAUAAGGCCUGGGUAUCGGCACGCGCACGCGAAGGAUUGCCAACUACUGGAGGAGUUUCUGCGCCCGCUAGCCGUGCUAACAGCGUGCUAAGCGUCGAAGGUAUCGUGCCAGAAAUUACAGCGAAAGAACAAGACCACGUCGAGGAUCGUCAUGACGCCGGCACUGCACCCAAGUCCCCAGACGAAGAGAAGCCUAAUCAGCAAACCACUCCCAGUGAUAAUGCAACUGUUGGCGAUGCACUCGCCCAGCAUGACACCUCGGAUAUUAUAGUGACAAAAUACGAUGAUCAUCGUGCGAGCAUGGACGAAGAUGACGACGACGAGCAAAUUGACGCUGCUCUACCGCCCGAGCUGGUAGGCACACAGGGUGACACGUGCGCAAUCUGUAUCGAUACUCUUGAGGAUGAUGACGAUAUUCGCGGAUUAACUUGUGGCCAUGCCUUUCACGCUGUCUGCAUUGAUCCCUGGUUGACCAACCGAAGAGCUUCUUGUCCUCUCUGCAAAGCAGACUAUUACACUCCCAAGCCCCGCCCGCCUCCUGCGGAUGGCGACCCGACUAGUCCUACAUCUAACAAUGACCCGAAUCGCAACCAUGGUCGUAUGAACAUGCCUAGGACCCCGCAACGUACAUUUACAUCUUGGAGCAACUUCCGUGGGGCCCCGCGUGGCAUGAUUGCGGGUCGUUUCGGAGGUAUGGGUUCAGGCUCGGCAGAACAAGGUCGUCAGCCGCGCAUAUGGGAGCGAAACCGCCCUGAGCGGCACCACCACCAUAAUCGUAAUCCGCAAUCACAGCCAACACCCACUGAAACACCAGCUGAGAAUGCUGGUUUCUUUACGAGGGUUCGCACUCGGUUGCCGCCCCUGAGACUAAACGAAAUCGUGAGGAGAGAUCGCAACACCCGGGCUGUAGAAACGAGCGAUGUGACAGCAUCAGGUGCAAACGGUGGUACGAAUACGACACCAUCCCAGUUGGAAGCGGGGGUACGGCCUGCGGCCAACUAAGGUUUUUAGUCUCCAUAGACAUCGGCUUUAAUCAGACGAAUAUAUAAAACUUUUCAUUACCCAUGACAUCUUCGACCAUAUUCAUGAGCCCAACAUACCCCAAGUGUAUGUGUUCUAGCCCUUUUCCCUUCUCUAUAAUUUCUCUCGGCUACGCCUGAUCGACGGGUCCUGAAUCACCUGGCCUCCGUUGACGCUUGCGAAGCUGAUACACAAGUGGGAAAAUGGACUCGAUUGUACGGAAGACUGAGAGCAUGAGAUUGGCCUAGGGUGGCUUGAUCUACGUAUGAAGGAGUUGAUGAGAGAGGAAGGGGGUUGGGGGGUUUAAUCACCUGUAGUUACCUUUUACCAUCACAUCUUUUUUUUUUUCGGGUUUCUUUUUAUUACCUGCCUAAUGAUUAUGUAUGGUAUGGUGGCCCUGAACGAGAAUAAGAGGAAGAAAAUUUCUUGAGAGCAGGGUUUAAACCUGAUGGAUGGAUGGGGCGUCGGAUGGAUGCAUAUUUCAAGGAGUUUUAGAGGGAUUUUUUUUAUUAUUCUCGGAGGCAGGCAGGCAGGCAGGCAGGCAGGCAGGCAG